AUGACUGACGAAAUCACCAACCUAGCCCACAAAGUCCGAGCAGAAUGGACAACAUGCCAAAACUACAACGACUUUGCCGCCAUGAUCGGGCCGGAUACCGUGAGAACCGAUGAAGAAGCAAAGACCUGGUUGGAGAUGGUUCAAUGCUGGUUGCAUCGCUUGUACUACAAAGAAGUGAGCUGGUUCGAGUUUCCAAUCUCGGAUGACAGACUUGAUGAUCUGGUCAUGGUCUAUGGCUGCUGUGUGGAGUUGUCGCCGAUUUUUAGCUCUCCCCAAUGCCCUGCAUAUCAUCGGAUCAUGCAGACACUGUUUCCAGUCGAAAGAAGGGAUGUCUGUCUCGGAUUGACACCAGAGGAAAAGCCGGAAGAAGUGAUUUUCGCCGGUGCUGAAGCUGUAGGGAGGAAUGGCUGGAGAGGAUGUAACAAUGUCGACGACUUUGGUACACUGGCAGACUUGCGAAAGUCGACUAUACAGCAGCUUUCUUUGGACUAUGUAGACGUCGAUACGAAUUUCAUUUCUUGGAUCACAGAAGCGGCAGAUGAAUAUCUGGACCAGGUGCAGUGCUAUCUGAAGAAGGGCUACUGGCAAGGCGUCGGUUGGAUAGCGCUGCCACCGCAAAAUGACCCAGAAGAAGACCAUUUGAUAUAUACAUACUCGGAACUCGUGAAAGUCAGCCCGUUCUUCAAAAAGAGCAAACUGCCCGACUAUCACCAGAUACUCAAACGAGUGAGUCCUGGGGACGGGUCCUGGGGGUGCUCGACCUAUCGUGAGCUGUACUUCUUCCGACAACCCAGAGAGGGGCAAGACAUGACAUUGCCUAUAUACAACGAGAUUCUAAAAAGGUUCCACAAGUACCACCCCCGCGGUGACGGCCUUAGGCACGCUCCUGGGCCCUAUAUGGCUAUCGUCGGCGGUAGGAGAAGCGGCAAGAGUUUCUAUGUGCAGCAACUUGCUCGCCAAGGAUACGCAUACGUGGUGUAUAGCUGUGUGGCACAUCGAAACAGCAAAGCCUUCCCGACACGAUCUAAAAUGGCGAAUGACCUGGGGAAACAUCAGCACGAACGGCACUGGGAAUGCUAUAUCGUCGCCGGUCUCGCCAACGUCCAGAUUUGUAGGCGACUCGGCAUUAGCCCACGAGUGUUCUUCGAUCUACAAGUGAAGGAAGAGUUCCAUGAUUUUCAACGGAAACUAUCCCAACAAAUUUCGGAUUUUUACUUUGCAGUGCGCAGCAUGGAAAGAUAUGAGUGUCCCAAGCCAAAGAUGGGUAGCGGAAAACAAGAGUACGAGUAUUUCUACGAAGCGCUCGAGACCUGUAUCCAGUCUUACAAAGUCGAGAUGGAAAGAAUGUUUGUGCAAAUUCACGCAAAGCUAAAGAUAUACCAGGAAUAUCAUAAUUCGCUCGACCCCACUGCACCCGAGAUAGCUCUCAAAGAGGGCCAUCCGGCGGCGCUUUUCUGCAUCGAUGAAGCCUGUGAUCUCGCGGUGGAUAUAGCCGACUGGAGGGAGAAGUUCCAGAGAAUAGUCGGUGCGCUGUUCUCCCGUUCGCAGGAUCGAUGGGAUGCCAAUGAUCGGUUCUUUACGUUGUUUCUGGAUCGAGAAAUGCGCCAGAUGUACAGUGGUUACCGGAUGUUGGAGCCGCUCAAUAUUGACACGAUGGAGGUUGAUGUCAAGGAUAUCAAAUAG